CGUCUUUCACCUCUCAAAUUAUUUAAGAGAUUUUUCAUAAUCUCUCUGAUUUCUAUCAUUCGUUUUAUUAUCUUUAUAAUCUCGUCAUAUUUUGUAUUCAUGACACGGUCGGAGAUUUGACAUUUUAGUUUGAUAUUCAAAGCAGGCGGUUGUUUAGCGGUUAGACAAGUACGUAGAUUUACUCACCUAUGUCAAGUCGGUAUUGUUUUGACUCCCGGGAGAUUCAUAUGAGCGCUCCGCCAGUGAUCCGACCGCCAAGUCCCCUGUCCCCGGGGUCCAAUGGCAUAUCUUUCCAGAUACAGAUCGGGCUGAGCCGCGAGCCUGUUCUUUUGGACUCUGUCGACUUCAGCCUCGCGCAGGUCCGGGAGAUGGCAUGCUCCAUCGUGGACCAGAAGUUACCCGAAUGUGGCUUCUAUGGGAUGUAUGACAAGAUCCUGCUGUUUCGCCACGACCCAGGCUCAGAGAACAUCCUCCAGCUGGUGAAAUGUGCUACAGACAUCACAGAGGGAGACCUGGUUGAGGUGGUCCUGUCAGCCUCUGCCACAGUGGAGGACUUCCAGAUCCGUCCCCAUGGCUUGUUUGUCCACUCCUACCGGUCCCCUGCCUUCUGUGACCACUGUGGAGAGAUGCUGUGGGGCCUGGUGAGACAGGGUCUCAAGUGUGAAGGUUGUGGUCUGAACUAUCACAAGCGCUGUGCCUUUAAAAUCCCAAAUAACUGCAGUGGUAUCCGCAAGCGGAGGUUGUCCAAUGUCUCUCUGACCGGCUUGACCACACUGACCAUCACGCGGUCCAAUGAGCCUUCGCCUUUCACCUCCGACGAGGCCUUACUGUCUCCUGUCAGUCCCGGCAUGGAGCAGAAGACACAGACAGACUUCUUUUCUGGCAGAGAGAGAAGGUCCUCUUCCUACAUCGGCCGGCCUAUAGAGUUAGACAAAAUCCUCCUGUCUAAAGUUAAGGUGCCUCACACCCUCGUCAUCCGCUCCUACACACGCCCCACCGUCUGCCAGCACUGCAAGAAGCUACUCAAGGGCCUGUUCCGUCAAGGCCUGCAAUGCAAAGAUUGCAAAUUCAACUGUCAUAAACGAUGUGCCCCCAAAGUGCCAAACAACUGCCUUGGAGAAGUGUCUAAAAAUGAAGAUCUGCUGAGCUCAGGGGCGGAGUCUGAUGUGGGGAUGGGGGAGGGUUGUGACGACCACGACAGUGACAUGAACAGUGGUCUGAUGGAUGACAUGGAGGAGGCCAUAGUGCUUGACUCAGGCCUGCUGGAGGCUGGCCAUGGGGAAAUGGGAGACCUCCAUGACCCAGAGGAUGACUGCAACAGGGCUAUAAGCCCAUCUACUAGCAACAACAUCCCGCUGAUGCGAGUGGUCCAGUCAGUCAAAAACACCAAGAGGAAAAGUAGCAAUAUCAUGAAGGAAGGUUGGCUAGUGCACUUCAGCAGCAAAGACACUCUGAGGAAAAGACACUACUGGAGGCUAGACAGCAAAUGCAUCACGCUUUUCCAGAAUGACACAGGCAGCAAAUACUACAAGGAAAUUCCGUUGUCAGAGGUGUUGUCUCUGGACCCUGCCAAGACCUUCAACCUGCUGUCUGAGGGCUCCAACGCCCACUGCUUUGAGAUCGCCACGGGCAGCCUUGUCUACUAUGUAGGGGAGAACCUUGCGAGGCCGGAGGGCCCGGGGAGCAUGUCGGCCCACAGCAGUAUGCUGGUUAGCGGGGUCGGGCCGGAUGUGGCCAGGAUGUGGGAGAUGGCCAUCCAGCAUGCCCUCAUGCCCGCCAUCUCUAAAGGACUGUCACACGGGUCACGUCACAGUGGCCACAAGGAUGUUUCCAUCAGUAUUUCAGUGUCCAACUGCCAGAUUCAAGAGAACGUGGAUAUCAGCUCAGUGUAUCAGAUAUUCCCGGAUGAAGUCCUUGGAUCGGGCCAAUUUGGGAUUGUUUAUGGAGGAAAGCACCGAAAAACUGGCCGGGAUGUAGCAAUUAAGAUCAUCGACAAGUUACGCUUCCCCACCAAGCAGGAGAGCCAGCUACGCAAUGAGGUCGCCAUCCUUCAGAACCUGCACCACCCUGGGGUAGUGAACCUGGAGUGCAUGUUUGAGACGCCGGAGCGCGUCUUCGUUGUCAUGGAGAAGCUCCACGGAGACAUGCUGGAGAUGAUCCUGUCCAGUGAGAAGGGGAGGCUGCCUGAACGCAUCACCAAGUUCUUCGUCUCACAGAUUCUUCAGGCUCUUCGUCAUCUCCACUUCAAGAAUAUCGUCCACUGUGACCUCAAACCAGAGAACGUCUUACUGGCGUCCGCAGAUGCUUUUCCACAAGUGAAGCUGUGCGACUUUGGCUUUGCCCGCAUCAUUGGAGAGAAGUCUUUCCGUCGGUCAGUGGUGGGCACUCCGGCCUACCUGGCCCCUGAGGUCCUGAGGAAUAAAGGCUACAACCGCUCCCUGGACAUGUGGUCUGUGGGGGUCAUCAUCUACGUCAGCCUCAGCGGCACCUUCCCCUUCAACGAGGACGAGGACAUUCACGACCAGAUUCAGAAUGCUGCCUUCAUGUACCCACCCAACCCCUGGAAGAAGGUGUCCCAGGAAGCAAUUGACCUCAUUAAUAACUUGCUGCAAGUCAAGAUGAGGAAGCGCUACAGCGUGGACAAGUCGCUCAGCCAUGCCUGGCUACAGGACUACCGAAUGUGGCUGGACCUACGUGGCCUAGAAUGGAAGAUGCACGAGCGCUACGUCACGCAUGAGAGCGAUGACACCCGCUGGGAACGCCACGCUGAGCAGCACGGCCUGACGUACCCCGCCCACCUGGUCAACCCACACGCCGACGUCAGCGAAGGGGUGGAGCCUGACCCGGAGUUGGAGGAGGUGGACACCAUGGUGGCCCUCAGCGACAGAGUCAGCGUGAUGUGAAUACUGUAAAUGCAGGGCUACUAUCCCCUUAAGAGUCAACGUGCUGUAGUACUGAACACUGCUGCCUCUGCCCCCUUAAGACAACACAACACACCACAGCACAACUGACUAACUGACUGACUGACUGACUGACUGAGCCCUCCACUCCCAGCCAGCAGCUAGGGGCUCGAUAUCCAAACCCUGCCUUUAAACUAACUGCCUAACUAACAAAUAAUCCCAUUUCUAAUUGUCUGUAUAUGAGUCAAUCAGGUCUAUUGCCUAGCUGCCUCAUGAAAGACAAUCUAACUUCUUAUACUGUAAAACUCUGGGUGUGAAGGAUCAUCCAGGUGUACUGUAUGUUAAGUCAACAGCAGCAAACAAUCCCCCCCAAAAAGCCAGCUAAACGAUUUAGUCAAAACCAAAAUGAGAUGUGUUUCACUGUGAUUGGGUGCACCCCAACGAGACAGCUCAGGACUAACCUUAGUGGUAUUAAGAGUGAGAAAGGAUAUUAUUAUUACUAAAGUUUUAUUUCACUCUUGAAUGUACCUUUAUAUGAUGACAUGAUAAGAAUUCACAGAAAACCAGUAUAGCCAGAAAUGGUGGAAAGACAAAGACAGAGAGGGAGAUAGAGAGCGGACUCUGUAGGCUUCAAGAGUAUGGAGACAAAAUCCUGAGGCCUGGAUACAGAGAAACAGUGAAGGUAGAAUACCUGUAAGCAUUUGUUCUCAUCAAGAGCUAGCUGCUUUUCUAGUCUAUAGUGUUGAAAUGUGUUCAUGGUGUGAUGCUGAAUGUUGCGUAUGUGGCUACUGUACAGUAUGUUUGUGCUCUUUGCGCAAUUGCAACCAGCCUUUAAUGCAUUUUUGCCUACAGGGAAUACAUUAUUUUCUCUGGCUACACAUUUAAAUAAAUAUAUU